GUAGCGCGCUUCAUGGGCCGGCUACAGGGUGCCUUGGUUACCGGCGAAUUGUGACAAUUUAUUUAUAACUCAUGUUGUUUGUUUUUGUACAAUAUAAGCAGUUGUACACGAUAACGUUUACAGAGUUAGGUUAUUCAAUUGUUAUUCAACUGUUUUUUUAUUAGUUAUUUAAGUGAGAAAUGGAGUCAAACCCAACAGGUAGCCCGGGAAUGAAAAUAUUCAAAGGCGCGCCAUCGCCGGAAACGCAUGUAAACAAGCACCAGGCUCCGGAUUCCCACUGUGGGACAGAUGCAGCUCGCGCCAGGUGGACAAUUCUCCGACAGGUAUUGAGGCAGAAGCAGCUCGACAGUGUGAACAUUCAGACAGUAUCAGUUCGCAGAUUUUCCUCGUUCAACCUUUUCUCCAGGACCGAGGUUCCUUCACUGGAGAGCGAUGGUCCAUCUGACAGCCAGUGGAUUGAGUACAGAAGUGCCUGCUUUCCCCAGUACAGUGCCUUAAUCAGAGACAACCAUGGGCCGAUUAAAAUGGAGGAGGUGCUCAACAGCUUCGACAACACCGGGAAUGUCUGUGUUUGGCCCUCUGAAGAGGUGAUGGCCUAUUACUGUCUGAAGAAUCGUCAUAUGUUUACGGGUUCCUCUGUGUGCGAAUUAGGUGGAGGGAUGACAUGUCUUGCUGGGCUCAUGAUUGCUGUUUGUGCUGAUGUGAAGGAAGUGCUGCUAUCUGAUGGGAAUGAGAAGGCCAUCGAGAAUGUGCGAGGGGUUAUUGAGAGGAAUAGACGAGCCGGACUGUUCACCUGCAACGACGUGUCCAGCAGGGUGGUGAGAUGGGACAGUGAGCGGGAUGUGUCCACAAUGGAGGGCCGCUUCGACGUGGUCAUGUGUGCUGAUUGCCUGUUUCUCGACCAGUACAGAGCCUGCCUGGUUGAUGCUCUAAGGAGAUUAUUGCGGCCUGAUGGCACAGCGUUGGUGUUUGCCCCUACGAGAGGAGACACACUGACAGAAUUCUGUAGACUGGCAGAAAGAGCAGGACUCCUUGUGUGCCGCUACGACAACUACGACUCAAUCAUAUGGGAUAUGCAUAUAAAGAUGAAAAGAGAGGGAAAGGAGACAUAUGACGAGAACAUCCACUAUCCUGUGCUGCUCACCCUCACCCACAUACCCAGUCCGCGCCUGCUGUGAACCUGGCAGACCUCUGCUGUGCCACCCCCUGGCUCUGCCACUGUGAUACCCAGGGUUUACUCAACCUAGCCUUUUUUUCACUCUUGUAUCCAUAAUGCUUUUAAAACACACAGUAUAUGUCGGAGUGUGUGGGAUUCAGUUGCUGUGUGAACUCAUGCCUGACCUUGUUACUGUGCAAUAAAAAGUGUGUAAAACAGAGGCAAGGCCACCCAGAGCACAGCCAUCUUCCUGAGAAGUGUGUGUUUCUGAAAAUAGCUUAACCGUAAUACCUUUAUAUGGUGCAGUGAUUUUUGCUAUUUUGAACAGGCACCUGAUGGAUGGAUGGGUGGGUGCUUAAUGGCAUGGCUUAUUGCAUAAUAGUUGGCCUAAUUAUGCACUUCAUGCAUAAAUCAAUCUAAUGCUACUGUGCAUAAUCACUAUUUUAUUCCAUUCAUCAUUUAGCACUGGACAAGGAAAGAAUAUAAAUGUUCGGCGACCUGGGAAAACCCUUCACAUUGUGAAUUAAGGUGUUUUUUUUUUUGGUUGGUUUUUUUAUACUAUAUAUUGUUCAGGCUUUCUUAAACAUUUAAAGAUUCCAUUCCAACUGCAUUGCAGAUAAACCCGGAAAUUCACUGUGCAAGGAAAUCAUGCUUAGCUAACAAGGUUUUAAAAUCUUUAGACAGAUUGCACGUUUUUCUACACAUUUUGUUAAACUGGUUCCUCACCCAUCAUGAUGUUUGUAGGAGGAUUUCCGAGGCAUGAAUAAAAAGUAAAGAAAAAUUUUUGCACGUCAUUUUUGGUGAAAUAUAUCAUAACACUUUAUUUGAACAUCUUAGCUACAUCGUGCCUUUAUAACACAUUCGUAAGCAUUGCGUAAACAUUUUACAGAGCAUUGAUGGCGAAUUUAUGAAAGGCUUAUGUCAGUAUGCGUAAGAUGAUAUUGGAGGUUUUAUGCAACUUUGACUUUACACCGCAAUAUAACUCUGUGCUCCGAUAAGAAGUAGAUACUGUAGUAAAGUAUUGGUAAAAACGCAUCCAUCUGGUUUAUGCCUGGCUUUUGUGAGAUGUACUGUAUAGGCGCAUGGACUUGAAUGGAAUUCUCAGUCCAUCUGCAUUGAAACGAUUAAGGAUGAUCUUCCCAUUCUAAUACAGCUUCUUAUUUAUGAAUCUCAUGUGCCAGACAAAUGAAUGAUUUUAAUGCCCUCAAACUAUAAUGUUCAUGAAUGAAUGUAUACACUUUCACACACUGUGUGUACCUUCUACAACGUUCACGAAUGUGUUGUGAAUAAAAACAAGCUAGUAACUGGCAAGAUAUGGAUGAAAAAAUGAAACCAACACAGUUUCUUGAUCUAUUGACUCACAAUGAUAAUUUAUGGUUGUUGUUCUCUGUUCUGUAUAAAGACAAAGUUAUAUAAAACCUCUAGCAUCAUCUUAAGCCCUGCAUAAAUUCACCAGCAACACUUUAUAAAAUAUUUAUGCAAUGCCUAUGAAUGUGUUAUAAAGUUACUAUGUUGGUACCCUCCAAAUAAAGUGUCACCAAAUAUGCUUAUGGUUGAGGCUGAUGUUGUAGGUAAAGUAUGUUGUAGGCAUAAAAAUGUCAUUUUGUCUAAAACCACCUUUUUUUGUUUGUCUUUUUUGGCUGUUCACCAGAAUUCACCAGGUUUUUACCAGGUCGCCCCAUAUAUAUAUAUAUAUAUAUAUCUGGAGAACUGUGAUUCACUCUCGCUGCUCAUUUUUAAGUAAGACUUUAAGUGAGAAUAUCACGUGCCAAACCAUUCUGUCUGUCCGCAGACCUCACAGAGUUUCAUAGCUUACAAGAAAGACCUUUACCACUGUUCUGGAUUGCUGUGUGGAUAUGUACAGCCUGAUAUUAGCCCAUGUGCAAAUGAGGAAAUGCAGUAUAAAUUACAGGCUCUUCCACUAUAUGGUCUAGAGGAGACAGCCUUUCAAAUCAAGUAUUCCAGGGGAAGUAUCUUUG